AUGGCUCUGCAGCAGGGCUUCAGGGCGGCGAAAAAUUUCAAGCGCCUGGCUUGCGGCAUAAGCCAUCUGCGGAUGAAAUCUUAUUUUCCAGAUGGCUGGGAAGGUGCCGCAGGCAAGCGUUUGCAACCGACCAACGCGCAGGGCGGGGGCGCUGGUGGAAGUAUCCGGGAGGCCGGCGGCACCUUCGCCAAGAUGGAGCGGGCUCGCGAAGAAGAGUACUUCCUACGAACGCAAAAGGGACAGUUCAAGAUGCUCCGGGACCACAUCCAGAAAGAGAUCACGGAACGCGAGCUGCUGGUCAGGGAGCUGCAGAAACAGAUCGAAAGGAACAAGAAGAUCAUCGAAGACCUGAAGCAGCAGCACCACCAGUGAACUGCUUCGGAACCAACUCCGCUUGGUGAACCCAAAGACCUCCUGGAUCACCACUGAAACGUCAUUUCAUCUGAACCCCCCCC